CAGGUGGCCUGACUAGAUCGAGCUUAUAUAAAAGGGGGUCGUCUAUGAUCCGCGAACUUCAGUGAUACUUUAAACCGCCGGAGGAUCAGACAUGUCGCAGUACAAGUACCAGUCAGGUUUCGGGUCUCAUUUCUCCUCCGAGGACGAGCGGUAUCCCAACUCUUUGCCUGUGGGGCAAAACUCCCCUCAAGUGUGCCCUUACAAACUCUACGCCGAACAACUGUCCGGAAGUGCCUUCACAGCUCCAAGAACUGAGAAUGUGCGAACUUGGCUCUACAGGAAGUUGCCCUCUGCCGUGCAUUUUCCCUUCCAACCAUUCAAAGGAGCCAAGUUCUUUAGGCAAAACUGGGAUGAGCAGCCACCAAACCCAAAUCAGCUUCGUUGGAAACCAUUUGAUUUGCCACCAAAAGACGGAAAACCUGUGGACUUUGUGGAUGGUUUGCAUACGGUUUGUGGCGCUGGUGAUCCUAGAUCUCGUCAUGGCCUUGCCAUACACAUUUACUCCUGCAACAUAUCCAUGGAUAACUCUGCCUUUUACAACAGCGAUGGCGAUUUCUUGAUUGUGCCCCAGCAAGGCGUAUUAGAUAUAACCACAGAGUUCGGAAGGAUGUCUGUGGCUCCCAAUGAGAUUUGCGUUAUACCUCAAGGCAUUCGUUUUGCUGUUAAAGUGGAUUCUCCUUCCAGGGGCUAUAUCCUUGAGGUCUAUGAUGGGCACUUUGUUUUGCCAGAUUUGGGUCCUAUUGGAGCUAAUGGCCUGGCUAAUCCCAGAGACUUUGAAACACCAGUGGCCUGGUUCGACGAUCAAGAUGUAAAGACUUUCCAGGUGAUAUCAAAAUUCCAGGGAAGCCUCUUUGUGGCCAAGCAAAAUCACAGUGUUUUCGAUGUGGUGGCCUGGCAUGGCAACUAUGUGCCCUUCAAGUACGAUCUAUCCAAGUUUAUGGUGAUCAACUCGGUUAGCUUCGAUCACUGCGAUCCCAGCAUAUUCACUGUGCUCACGUGUCCUAGUUUAAGAGCUGGAACAGCUAUAGCGGACUUUGUGAUCUUCCCACCCCGCUGGUCAGUGCAGGAGCACACUUUCCGGCCACCUUAUUACCACAGAAAUUGCAUGAGUGAGUUUAUGGGUCUAAUCCUAGGCAAGUACGAGGCCAAGGAAGAUGGCUUUGCUGCUGGAGGAGCGACCCUCCAUUCGAUUAUGACACCGCAUGGUCCGGAUGUAAAGUGCUUUGAUGGGGCAUCGAAGGCAAAGUUGGUACCAGAACGAGUGGCUGAGGGAACCCAGGCCUUCAUGUUCGAAUCCUCUCUGAGCUUGGCCGUAACCAAAUGGGGCGAGGAAACUUGCCAGAAACUAGAUGCAGCUUACUAUGAAUGCUGGCAGGCCCUGAAGAACAAUUUCCAAAUUACUGAAAAGUGAAAUAAUAAUAACAAAGUGCACUAUAAUAAAACAGAAUUCAUUAGUAAA